UAAGAGGACGCGGCGCAGGAGGGAGCUGCGUAAAAGGGACGCCGCGUACGUAGGACGCUGAGUAUGAGAGACGCGUAGUGAACAUUCCUACAUAUCAUACGCGUAGGAGAGAGUUGCGUCUGGUCGAGUCAUUCAUUGUUCGGUGAUACUCGUGGCCGGCGCUUCAUUCAUGCGGUGAAUGGCGGCGAUUGUGCAGGAUGAAAGCCAUGCGGUCGACGGCAGGGAAACGCGGAGAUUUGUCCCAGCUCAUUUUAGGCCUCCGUUUAUCGGACCUAUAUAAGUCAUGGGUAAUUUUUACUCACUCAUUUCAUCCAACGGGUUCCCAGGACGCGAUUGUCUCGGCCCACAAACUCUAGUCUGGCUUUCUGAUUCAAAAAUAAACUCCAUCUCCACACGAGAACACAAGUUGUGUACGCACGAAGACCACAAAGUUGCACCACACGAGCGUACGGAGCAAGCAAGUGUUAUAGCGUCUGUGUGCCGCAAUCGAGAAUUAGUUCAGCAAUAUUAUUAAUGUAAAAUCGACUUUAUGAAGCUGUUACUAGUAAAAGUCUAGUUAGAAUAGGCUAAAGUUGUAUCAACAAAUGUUUUCUUGAUUCAACGCGACCCAACAACAGGUAUUUUUGGUGAACAAAACUUUGCCAGAGCCAAAUUUGGAGAUCAGGCUCCAGCGCCGAGAUGUUGCCGUUUGUCGCGGCUGCCGUGAUGGCAGUUUGUUGUCAGGUGCCUGCGACACAAGCACAGCGUUUGUCGUCAAACGGCCUGCGAACAAACAUCUCUCUGCCCAAAACUUCAUCCAUGUUAUACCAAACAGACAGUCUGUUUACAAACAGUCUGCAUGAGGACGAUCUGUCACCACACGACUGGAUAGCAGACAGUCUGCAUGAGGAAGGUCUAUCACCACACGAUUGGACAGCAGACAGUCCCGGAAGACAGGGUCCUGGGACAUCCCUGCAACCCGUCGUCCCCAGUCUGUCAAAGAACAGUUCCGACACGUCCCCGCGACCCGUGGCCCCGUACCAGGACCCCGAGUGGUUACGGGAGGAGCCGUGGAGCGGCGGGGCGGCCAAGUACAGACGGCGCCGCUUCCUCAUCUUUCCAUCGGGCUCCACCCUCACCGUGACGCUGCUCUUCGGUCUGCCCGUACGGGGUAUCGGAUCGAGCAGCUCGCUGACGCUGCAACACGACCUCGUCUUCAACCUGCCCACCUCCGUCCCCAACUUCAACCUCUUCCUCGGCCGCAACUCCCACGGCUGGCACGACAGGAUCGAUUUCUUCGAAAAAUUCGAAACUUUUCUGGACGG